CAGUUGAGAUGUAGAUGAGACGCAGUUAUAUAUAUAUAUACACACACACUCCCACUAUAUAUGUAUAUAUAUAUAUACAUAAAAAUGAAGUGUGGGUAGAUUGGUAUUUACCUAACCUGAAUCUUUCUGGGCUGUAUUUGUAGACCUUUUGCAUCGAACAAGAAGACAGUUUCUUUCAUCGUACCCAGAGCCCAGAAUAUAUAUGUAUAGCAGACGAAGAGGGAAGGAUUUUGAUAAAGAAGCCGAAACAGGAAAGACAGAAUCAAGAUUAUAAGUUAAUCGAGAAGAAGAAGGAAAAAAGAUAUGAAAAAAGGGGCUUUAGCACCUAACUUGAAGCUCUCUCUUCCUCCUCCUGAUGAAGUUUCUCUCUCCAAAUUCCUGACUGAUUCAGGGACUUUUAAGGAUGGUGAUUUGUUGGUUAACAGGGACGGUGUUCGGAUUGUCUCUCAUAGUGAAGUUGAAGCUCCAGCUUUAAUACAGCCAUCCGAUAACCAGUUGAGCUUAGCUGACUUUGAUGCAGUUCAAGUCAUUGGUAAGGGAAAUGGUGGUAUUGUGCGGUUGGUGCAGCAUAAAUGGACUGGGCAAUUCUUUGCUCUUAAGGUUAUUCAAAUGAAUAUCGAAGAGUCUGCUCGCAAGAAUAUUGCACAAGAAUUGAAAAUCAAUCAAUCAUCUCAAUGUCCCUAUGUUGUAGUUUGCUAUCAGUCUUUCUAUGACAAUGGGGCAAUCUCCAUAAUCCUGGAGUAUAUGGAUGGGGGUUCUCUUGCAGAUUUCCUCAAGAAAGUUAAUAAGAUUCCGGAACCAUAUCUUGCUGCCAUUUGUAAGCAGGUCCUCAAAGGCUUGUGGUAUCUUCAUCAUGAAAAACAUAUUAUCCAUAGGGACUUGAAACCUUCAAAUCUGCUAAUAAACCACAGAGGUGAAGUCAAGAUCACUGACUUUGGUGUCAGUGCAAUACUGGCCAGCACAUCUGGUCUAGCUAAUACCUUUAUUGGCACGUACAACUACAUGUCUCCGGAGAGAAUCAUUGGAGGCAACUAUGGUUACAAAAGUGACAUCUGGAGCCUUGGAUUGGUUCUCCUGGAGUGUGCCGCAGGACAGUUUCCAUAUUCUGCACCACAGCCAGAGGGAUGGAUAAACGUCUAUGAGCUGAUGGAAACCAUUGUUGAUCAACCUGCACCUCGUGCACCUUCUGAUCUAUUUUCUCCGGAGUUCUGUUCAUUUAUUUCUGCUUGUGUGCAAAAGGAUCCGAAAGAUAGACUGUCUGCAAAUGAACUUAUGGCACAUCCUUUCAUCACUAAGUAUGAUGAUCUCGAUGUUGAUCUUGCAUUGUACUUUACCAGCGCAGGACCUUCACUGGCCACACUUUAAUCAAGGUAUAAGGACUGUUAAUACUAGUUAAUGGAAUUGUCAGCUGCAAAGCUUGCAGCAUGUUUCUGCCUUCUCGUCUCUGCUGCUAUCAGUACACGAGCAGGCUGUUGGAGCUGCUUCUGGAGUCUCCAAUUGUGCAUCAGAAGUUGUGCUGGUGUGGCAGUACUCGAGAAUUCCACUAUUACGCAAUUGGCACGGAAGGAACUUGUAUUUCAGAGAUCAAAUGUAGGACCCAAUUGGGAUCUUAUGUGGGUUGAUAUUUGCAUGUGUUAAGGCUCUUCAUGUUUUUUUGCUCUACCAUUGUAGGGAUGGUUUGAGUGGAACUUAUGCUUCCCACUGAAAUGUGCAACCAGUUUUAUAUUAUUGCAAGAUUACCAUUGCCAGCA